GGAUGCAUCCAACCUUGCGAGAGGUGGUAUCGCCUUAUUCUUGUGACAGCUUUCAAUUCCUUUUGAUAUAGGUAUUCGUUGUGAUAUAAAGCCCUGGCCAGGUGCCCCGGCGUGGCUAGCCAACACCUGGCAUCGCAGUGGUGCCGGCUGCCAGGCGGCCAGGCGGCCAAUGAACGACAGGUACCGUAUUAUACUUUCGCAACCUUGGAAAGGUCACUUUUUCCUGCCUUGUCAUACAUAUCCGCCGGCGAUCGAUCCUUUUUGUUCGCUCACUCCCGUCUCAUUAUCCUGCACUCUCCGUUUGCUGUAAUACCCUGCCGCUGUUUGUUUUGGAUUGCUUGCUUUUUAAACUUUUGGUGCAACAAUCCAAGACUCCGAACUACAUAGAAUGAUGCCUCAGCGUUUGCAUUCGUCGCCUAUACGCUCUGCUGCUCCUCUUGCUCCUCUUGCGCAUCCACCAUCCCUUAAUUCUCCUGAUACAGUACUUUCAGUCUUUUAGACUUGACGUAAAUAGCCAUUUGCAUUAUUAUGGGAGACCCUACGAAAAAACUAGUUGACGAGCUCGCCUCUCGUUUGGAUGAAGCGACUAUUUUGUCCAUCACGGGUGAUUAUGAUCUCAGCAAAUCAAACGAGUUCGCUACUGCUCGUGAGGUUCUGUUGAGUAUCUCUGAGAAUGUAUCGGCUGAGGAGGCAACUGGUUUCAACCCCAGCGGUUCUGGCGGCUAUGAUCUGCCGAGAUCCGAAGCCACAGAAAGCGAUUUCAGAAGCAAUGAUGAAUUGACCACGAACACCGAGACAUUGAGCUCGCCCUCGCGCGAUACGUUGUCCCAUCCAUCGUCUCCGACCUUUGAGCGCGAGGUCCCGGGUAUCAUUCAUGUCAGUGUUUUGGAUGGCCUCACACACGAGGAGAAAGUGGGCCAGCUCGCCUCCAUGUUCGUUUCGCUUAAAUACAUCGAUGUCAAGCUGGCCCUUCAAAAGGCUAAGGGAGAUGCAAACCUCGCUAUAGACGAACUUCUCAACCUUCAAAUGCUCGAGCAAACGGGUGAGCGGCCCAAAGGCAUCGAUGGCUUCUAUAAGUCAGAUGACGAUGCGCCCUUGAGUAAGAAGCAGGAACGGAAGAAGAAGAAAAAGGUCGCGAAAGUAGCCGCCUCGAGAAGCGCGGAUGCGGCGACUGCCCCUGGAGAGGCCCCCGCACAUGAUGAUCAUGAUGAUGACAACAUCAAAUUUCUCUCGGAUAAUUUCAUGUUACCGCUCGACGAUGCCGCGGAUGUCUAUCAGCGUAACAAGUGCUCGCUGGGAGCUGCCAUCAUCGCGACCUUGGAGAGCUAUAUUGCUAUUAACUUGCCACCCGAGACCAAUCCUAAUCAGCUACGCCAGAUAGAAGAACAGCAGAAACGGGUCACCUGGAUUCCCUAUGAAUAUUUCAGCCCAAUUUUUGAUAUAACUGCAUCGUCUCAGGCCGCAGUCGAGAUUAUUAACGCACUAGCAGAUCACUUCGAAAAGCCAGCGUAUAUCAAGUAUGAUGUGUCGUACAACGCUGCCGCCUCGGGCCUCGAGCUAGCCUCUGAGCCCGAUGAAAUUAAUACCAAAUCAUCUUGGAAGACGGUCCCCUCUUCCAGUUCCAAACUACCAUUGGGUCGACAACUGCGCACGAGCCCAACUGCUCUUCAAGAAGCUGGUGCAACUAAGGCAGCACUCGCUGCCUCGGCGAAGCACUCAUACGCCUCGGCAUCUUCUACCUAUAAGAAAGGCAAAUCAGAUCCGCUAAUGCGGCAGGCAGCGGCUUUCUACGCGGAGCGCGGCCGUACCGAAGCUGCUAAUUACCGACAAGUGACUAGCAUGGAGGCCUCGUUGCUCGUCGACCAGCAGAGCACAGGGGACGUCAUCGACCUGCAUGGCGUGUCGGUCCAGGACGGCGUCGACAUCGCCAUCGACCGCGUCUGGGGAUGGUGGAACUCCCUGGGCGAGAACAAAUUGCGCAAGGCGCGCGCCAACGGACUCGAGAUCAUCACGGGGUAUGGCCGUCAUAGCUCGGACGGAAAGUCCCGGCUGCGGAUCAAUGUCUUCAAAGCCCUUGUCGCAGAUGGCUGGAGGGUUCAGGUCUUAACUGGCUCGUACCUUGUCACUGGACGGAUCUAAGCUCAUGUUUUUUGUUGGUCUUUUUUUCAUGCUGUUUUACAUUUGCUUCCAAUCUUGUUGAGCUUCCUGUUUUCUUGCUUGGGUUGGGAACUCAUAGGUUUGGAAGUGCGCUUCUGGCUAGGUACAGGUGUGUUUGGUUUAAUUUCAACGUGGAUGUCAUGACCUGGAUACGACGAAAAUGAUGAUAAUGUAGUUUGUGUUUCUUAAGAGUGGGCUCGAGGAACAGAGGAAUUGGAGACCAAGGGUCUAGACGGGAGUUUUCUGGACUAGACACAGGCCGGACCCUGCUGGUUACCUGUACAAGGUGAUUGAGUCUGUUAGAUUUAUGCCGUGGGUUGUGCGCUCAUCUUCUUGUCAGAUAGAUGGACUGAUUGAAUAAACCCUUAGAAACAAACUAAAUACAAUCAUGAUCUUUGAACUCUAACAACUAACUGUAAA